AUGGCACUGGCUCGCCGAGAGACUCAGUUCAACGCUCGCGAUGGAACCACGCUUCGGGGCUGGCUCUAUCCUCAAGGCGAAAAGUCUCCAUGCGUGAUCAUGACACACGGGUUGGGCGGCGUUCGUCAUUUAUGGCUCCCAGCUUUUGCCGCUCGCUUUCAUGAUGCUGGCUACAAUGUACUGCUCUAUGACAAUCGGAAUUGGGGUGACAGCGAUGGGCUGCCGCGCCAGGAAUCUAACCCGCCACUUCAGCAAGCCGACUACUAUGACGCGUUCAAUUUUGCGUCUACAUUUCCUAGCGUGGAUGCUUCACGCAUUGUCUACUGGGGGACGAGCUUUUCUGGUGGGAAUGUCUUGCACGCCGCUGCUGCGGACAAGCGCAUCAAGGCUGCUAUCGUGCAGUGUCCUGCUGUUUCUGGGGAGACCCGAUCUUUAGCGUUCAAGGACCGGAUCAAAACUCUUUUGGACAAUCGCAGUUAUGCCACUGGUACUGAGCCAGAGAGAAUUCCUCUCAUUGCAGAUGGCGUAGCGGCUGCUCAGAGAGGGGCACCAAAUGUUAUGUUUCCCGGUGUUCAUGCCUAUGGACAUGUGCGGGAGUCGCAUGAAUGCGGAGCGGUAUGGGAGAACUUCAUCACCACUCAGACGCAGGUGAAUAUGCUUCUUUUUGAAGGGCAGGCAAUGAUUCACCGUAUCUCGCCGACUCCACUCCUUAUGGUUAUUCCGGGGAAUGACGAACUCGUCACCACAUCAUCACAGUUGGCCGCUUAUGAAAAAGCAAGGGAGCCAAAGCAAAUGCUUUACCUUGAAGGAGCGGGCCAUUUUGAUAUCUAUACGGGAGAUUGGUUUGAAAGGAACAUUACGGCACAGUUGGAGUUCUUGAAGAGGCAUGUUGGUCAACCUGAGAAUGUUUGA